UUGCUACAGACCAUAUCACACUUAUCUCAUGUCAUCGGCGUGUCACCCCAUCUGGUAUGUCAACUCGGACAGCGUGUGCCCCUUCGGUCAUCAUCUUGUUGGCGACAUAACUGCUCCUUUUAACCCGAAUUUUUUCGAGGGUAUCUCCAUCGUAUACGGGUACCUGGAAUACGUAGUGGAAGUGUUAUUGAUCCUCAUCAUGUUGUGGCGAAGAGGGUCUCGCGAAUACAGUCUUGUAUUCUUCAUCAUAGUCAUUUUCAUCUUGAGCGAGCUGGGCUGGAAACGUGUUGUUCGCCAACCUCGGCCUGUGGGGAGCUGCAACAUCACAUGCGGCAUGCCUUCGAGCCAUGCAGUGAGAGCAGUUGGAAUAUGGCUAACUAUAAUGCUUGAUCACAUCUAUCGUGCAUACUGCCCAGAGCAGGGAUACAGUGUGACCAGGUCGUGGCUGGAGAAGAUCCGCUCCUUCGUACGCGAUGGUCAUUUCCUUGCUACCAGCCAGAGCAUCUCCCAAGACCACUUGGCCGUAGUCAUUUCCUUCUGGUCGCUGGUGCUGCUACCAGUACCUCUAUCUAGAGUAAUCCUGCGAGAUCAUACUGCUGAACAAGUCUUCAUGGGUGGCAUCAUAGGUGUAGUAGAGGCGAUGGUGUGGUAUCUCAUCACGUUGUUUGCUCGGAUAAAGACCGAGCGCUUCGUGGGAGUUCGAGCUUGGAAGGGCAUUUUUAUACACAAUUGGCCGGCGCCGCGCUGUUACCUCUCGAAGGCUACCGAAGCGGUUGAACCUGAAUGCCGUGAUGUUGGAAGUUGUGUGGAUCUAAAUGAACCACCGGCUCCUUGAGGUCUUCACAUGCACUAAGUCAGUUCAACUAAUCUUGCAUGGCCUUGGAGGCAUCCGUCCAGCGAUAGCGUCGAUUAAAUCUUCAAACCUCGUCGUACUCUACUAUUCAUCCCGCACUGGGGCUUGCGCUCCUUUUUCU